AUGGCUCCUCCCAAAAAGGGUCCCUUCAUGUCACCAUUUUUGGUAGACAAAGCAUUUCUUAGUACAGUUGGUGAAGUUACUAAUAUUCGUAAACUUCGAUCAGGUGAUUUGCUGGUUGAGGUAAGCUCCCGUCAGCAAUCCCAGAAAAUUAUGAAAUUGAAAGCCUUGGCAACAAUUCCGAUAAGCGUUAGUCCUCAUAAAUCUUUGAACUCUUCAAAAGGAGUAAUAACUUGUGGGGAAUUAUUCAAUGUCCCUGUCGAAAUUAUAACCAAAGAAUUAAAAUUCCAAGGGGUGACUCAUGUACGCCAGAUUACUAUUCGGCGGGAUGGACAACUCCUUAAUACAAAGCACUAUGUUCUUACGUUCAAUAGUCCCCAAUUACCUGAAUCAAUUAAAGCAGGAUAUAUAAAUUUGCCUGUACGUCCAUAUAUUCCUAACCCUCUACGCUGUUUCCAAUGUCAGCGCUAUGGUCAUUCUAAAAUGAACUGCCGCGGGACUCUGACUUGCGCCCGCUGUGCAGAAAAGGGUCAUGAUGGUCAGCAGUGUUCUGCACCUGAAAAGUGCAUUAACUGCAAUGGAGACCACACUGCUUAUUCCCGACUUUGUCCGCGUUGGCAACUAGAGAAGAAAAUAGUUGCAGUGAAAUUUAAAGAGAACAUCUCGUAUCCUGAAGCGAGACGCAAGAUUAUAGCUCAAACUCCUACAGAAGGUUCAAGUUAUGCAUCAGCUGUUCAAAGGAAUCCCCCAACUGUAGUUAAUCAAAACGUUCAAAUCGAAAAAACUUAA